GUUAUAACUUUGGUCUUAAUUAUUUAAUCUUCUUUUAUAUUUGUCAGUUGUUUCCACGUUCGAGUGAUUGUCAUGGAGCCCUUUGCAGACGUGAGUUGCAUAUUGAAAGUGGAUGUUCAUUGCGAUGCGUGCAAGAUGAAGAUGGUGGAAGUGUUAAGCUCCGUAUGCGGUGUGUAUGCAUUGACAAUAAAUGCAGAAAAAGGAGAAGUAAAUGUAUGUGGAGAAGUUGAUCCCAACUUAUUAGUGAAGGCACUAAAAGGAACAGGAAAACAUGCAGAAAUAGUACAUAUAAAGCUUAAGCAUCCUUCUCUUACUACUCCAACAACACAUUAUCGUCCUUAUAGUGGUUAUGGCCAUGGUUACCAUGGCCUUGGCUACGGUUACGGUUAUGGCCAUAGCCACGGCUAUGGUUAUAGUCGUGGUCAUGACUACUAUAACACAAUGCCAAUGAGUCCAUACAAUUAUUCAAUGAGAAGAUCCAUGAUAAUGGAGCAACCUCACUACUACGGUCAUCAUGCUUCUUCAUAUCCUAGGUAUCGGCCAUUUUUCUACUAAUUAUUUUAUCAAGGGAUAUGCUGGAAUGAAUUAAUUUCGAGAGUAAUAAUAAGAGUGUGAUCAACAUUAAUUAAGGGUAAAGGAUAUUUUUAUAGCCUAUCCCAAAUAACAUUUUACAGUAUGAUUCACGACCGUUAUUUACCUAUUAUGUUUAAUUACGUUUGUAACUAUGGAAAUUGAUGUACUCGAUAUCAGAUUCUUUAAGAAGAGUAACACCUUGGACCUGUCUUGACCAA